GAGGAAGAGUUUCAAUGGCUUCUGCGAGAAGAGGUUCACGCUGUCCUCAAGCAGCUGCAGGAUAUUCUGAAGCAAACUGCCUAAAACCCGAAUAAGCAUGUACAGAUUGGAGCUGGGUGGGGUGCUCACCACUACAGCCUGAGCCAGGAGAGUGGUGUUAAACUUUUCAACAUAGGAUUUCAAAAAUCAUAAUAACAGUGUCAUUGCGGUUUACUAAGUGAAUGCACUUCCCCUCUUCUGCAUCAGUCCAGCUUAUUGCUGUGUGAACUUGCAUAAGGAACCAAGGUUGUGGGAAGACCAGCUAAAUCUUCACUAAAAAAGAUUCAUGUUGAAGUUCAGUGAGGCCUCACGUCGCUUUGCUGUGCCUGCAGGGGGUCUCGAGAGCCAUCUUAAACAGGAGAAUUUCAUACUCGGCAGCUCAACGAUGGACCAGGUGAAGGGGGUCCUGACGCUGCAGGGGGAGGCUCUCACACAGGCAGACAUUAACAUUAAAAUGGCCAAAAGUAACCAGGUUUUCCACUUCACAUUCCGAGAGGACAAACAGUGGAAAAUGCAGCAGAUUCAGGAUGCUCGAAACCAUGUGAACCAGGCUCUUCAGCUGUUAAGCAGUCGAGAUGAGAGCUACCGUUUCAAAACAGGAGCUGAGGUCGAUAAGCUGAUGGACGCAGUAAUGCUUCAGCUAUCGAGGGCUCGCAAUCGCCUCACUACUCCAGCCUCCAUGACCCUGCCAGAAGUGGCCUCCAGCAGCCUAAUGAAAAUGUUCUCCCCGCCACUGCCUGGAGACGUGCUGGUAAAUUUCUACAUUAACCUCAGUAAGCUUUGCCUGACAGUCUAUCAGCUUCACCUCCUGCAGCCCAAUUCAAACAAGAAUUUUAAACCCGCUGGUAGUUCAGUGUUACAUAAUCCUGGUGCAAUGUUUGAGGUGAACGCCCUGAAGUUUGAAGUGAGCCACGUCCAUAAAGUGGAGUGCGUGGUCCCCUGGCUGAACGACUCCCUGGUUUUCUUCACCAUUUCUCUGCAGCUGUGUCAGCAGCUCAAAGAUAAGAUUUCUGUGUUCUCCAGUUACUGGAACUACAGACCUUUCUAAUAAUCCAGUCUGCACACUUCCAGUACUGCCUGAGCUGUGGCACCGUGCUGCUCCUGUUACACUAAUGAUGCUCGUACCUGUACUACUCGGAUACACCAGAGGUUCAAUGCACACUGAUUACUUACAAACCCUUUUUCAAAAUGCAUUGAGAGACCAAAAAGUCUGUUGAUGAUUUACUCCUAAAUGGACCAUGCGCUCCUCAGCUGUCUUGUAUGUGUGUGAUGGACCAUGCGCUCCUUGGCUGGUGUGUUUGUGUGUGUGUGUGUGUGUGUGUUUGUGUGUGUGUGUGAUGAACCAUGCGCUCCUUGGCUGUGUGUGUGAUGGACCAUGCGCUCCUUGGCUGUGUGUGUGUGUGUGUGAUGGACCAUGCGCCCCUUGACUGUGUGUGUGCGUGUGUGAUGGAUCAUGCGCUCCUUGGCUGUGUGUGUGUGUGUGUGUGUGUGUGUGUGUGUGUGAUGGACCAUGCGCUCCUUGGCCGCGUGUGUGUGUGUGUGUGUGUGAGAUGGACCAUGCUCCCCUUGACUGUGUGUGUGCGUGUGUGCGUGUGUGUGUGUGAUGGACCAUGCGCUCCUUGACUGUGUGUGUGUGUGUGAUGGACCAUGCGCUCCUUGGCUGUGUGUGCGUGUGAUAGACCAUGCGCUCCUUGGCUGUGUGUGUGUGUGUGUGUGUGCGUGUGAUAGACCAUGCGCUCCUUGGCGUGUGUGUAGGUCCCUGGGAACAGUGGCACCCACAGGCAUGAGCUCUAUAUGUUUCAUUGUAACGUGUGCGCUACACUACUUUACUGGACUUUACUGGGCUCCUGUUACACAGUAGGUCUGGAAUUGAACAAGUUCCCUUUUAGUUUUUAUAUUUAAAUGUAAAAUGAAUGUAAAGUCCAGUAAAGUAGUGUAGCGCACACGUUACAAUGAAACAUAUAGAGCUCAUGCCUGUGGGUGCCACUGUUCCCAGGGACCUACACACACGCCAAGGAGCGCAUGGUCUAUCACACGCACUAAGCUUGGCCUGGUACAGCUCACUGGUUUUACUGGUGUCUUGAAUGAAAGCAUUUUGAAGAUUUUGAGCAAACUCCAGCCCUUUUGAAUAGCUAUUACAAUGAAGGUAGUUUUCACAUCAGCACAAUCGCUAGAAAACAUUCCCCCCUAAAGAGGGACAUUGUUUAAUUUAUUUUACAGAAAAUGUAUGUUAUUAAGGACCGUGAUUCCAACCAUUCAAUUAGCUUUGUUUAUUUUAUCAAUUGUUUGUCAGUGUUUAAGAUAAUGAACAAUCUUCUUCUGUUGAACUGCUUCACUUUCUUGAGUAACACUAAUUGUUGUGCUCUUGUCACAUGAAAGCACUUUUGGUUGUAAUGUUAAAGUAUGGAUAUGCUGUACCUCUAAUUCCUCAUUUAUUAAUGUUUAAAAAUGUUGUGUUGAAAUAAGCUAUUGUGAAUGUGUUGCACAAUGAGUGUGUGAAGCAAUGCUCUCCAGUGUGUGUGUGCAAUAAAACAAAGUAAGAAAUCUGUUUCAUUCUUUAUUCAAAAAGAA